AUGCUGCGCAAAGUGACUCAAGCCGCAUUUGCGGUCUCCUUCUUACUUGUAUCUUUCGCCAAUGCCAUUCCCCAUGGAGAUGACGAAGCGAUGGACAUGAAUAUGGACCACGCUGCUGCUAAACCCGAAACGAAUCAGGACGCAAAUGACAACUCCCCAAUGAGCUAUUUCGCAUACGGAAAGCAUUCUGGGACCAUCAUAGCCCAUAUUGCUUUGAUGAUGAUCGCAUGGUGCUUCGUCCUGCCUGCAGGCGUUAUGCUCAGUAUCGCUCGCUCUCGAUUCGCGUUACCGACACAGUUUCUGUUCCUGGUCUUCAAUGCCUUUGGUUUGCUCAUCGGAAUCAUUUACAACAGCCAGACUCCUGAUCUUUAUGAGAACAACGCUCACCACAAGAUCGGAUGGAUUGCGACCUGGGUUGUCAGCGCGCAAGUCAUCAUGUCUCUCAUCUUUGCCUACGCUGGCCGAGGCGAGAGCGCAAAAGCAUACGAACAGGCAGCAUUCCUUCCCGUGUCCACCGAUGAAAUUACCGAGAGUCCGCACUCUUACCCCUCCGGUAUCCGCCAUGACUAUCGGUGGUCCAGAGACAGCGGUCAGGGUACUGAGAGGAAUUCAUCCUCUAUCCACAGUCGGCCCGGCUCACCAUCCUGCUCGUCGCCGUUGUCGGAAGAAUAUGAUAGCUUUGAGAAGCCGGAGCCACCAGUUCCGGAACUCCCUGCUCGCCGUGGUUGGCUACACAGCACCUUCGUGGAUCGCUUCCUGGCCAGUCGCGUGCCCCGUCUAGUCUCAAGUCGCGUACUCCGCGUUCUGAGCGCUGUAUAUAUGGUCAUUGACAGAGUCAUCUUGCCAUUCGGUUUUGUUACCAUCGCCACUGGAGCUGUGACUUAUGGUGGCAUUAUGAGAGACAGUGAGGUUUUCAAUGGUCUUGCGCACUUCAUCAAGGGCGGAAUCUUCUUCUGGUACGGUCUGUUGACCCUGGGUCGGUGGAUGGGCUGCUGGUCAGACCUCGGCUGGGCAUGGAACGUGAAACCAUCGAGCUCCGUUGUCGGCAAAUGGAAAGCCAAGAUUCCAACUGGCGAGUUCACCGAAUCGCUCGUGAUUUUCACAUAUGGCGCGAGCAAUAUGUUCCUUGAACAUCUAGCGGGAUGGGGUGGCGCAUGGUCUGCCACAGAUCUUGAGCACGUCUCUAUCUCUGUCAUGUUCUUUGGUGGUGGCCUGUGUGGUAUGCUCUUCGAAUCUAAGCGCGUGAGGGACUGGUUGAAUAGCACUGUUUUGCAAACUCCUGCGCACGCCGGUGUGCAUGUGUCAGCAGACCCUGCUUGGCGCCUCCCUGACACCCAAGGGGUCUCCCUGAACCCGAUGCCUGCACUUGUGAUCUUGCUUCUGGGGAUGAUGAUGGGUUCGCAUCAUCAAACCAGCAUGAUCUCGACCAUGGUGCACAAGCAAUGGGGUAACCUCCUUGUUGGAUUUGCUUUGGCCCGCGCCAUGACGUACGUCAUGCUCUACCUCAAGCCCCCGACUUCCUUCCUGCCAUCUCGCCCGCCGACAGAGAUUGUGGCCUCGUUCUGCCUGAUUGCUGGAGGUCUCAUUUUCAUGCUGAGCACUCGCAAUGUGGUUGACAGCAUGGAGUUCUAUGGCCUGGAUGCCAUGUUUACUUUCACUGUUGGCAUGGGAGUUACCGCCUUCAUCAUGGCUUGUGAGAUUUUGGCUAUUGCCCUCAAAGCCUGGGCGGUGAAGAAGGAGUUACGGCCACAAUUGCCUCCCUUCCAAUUCCCCACUGCAUAA